AUGCAUCUACAUCUUACAUCUCUUUUACCUUUCCCUUUGCUCCCGUCACUUGUUACGGCCCUUCUCAACUGCCGUCCCGAUGGCCCUGUUCUUCCAAAGCCAACCUCUCUUCAAAAGUCGCCCGUUUUCGAAUCAGCAGCCGCUAAUCUCACCAACACCCUCAAUGAUGCAAUCAAUGGCAGCAUCGCAGCCGGAUGGGCUGUUGAAAAUGUGUCCUUCUCGCUGGCCGUCGUCUCCCUCGACCAGGCAGACCCCGGCAUCCCCAUCUGGGAGUUCCACCACCAGGCGAAAACCAGUGUCAAUGGCACAAAGAAAAUAGACCGAGAUUCGCAAUAUCUCAUCGCAUCUAUAAGUAAAGUCUUGACAGUCUACAUUCUGUUGAUGAGCGAUGUGAAUAUCGAUGAUCCGGUAACAGAAUUCUUGCCUGAGCUCGGAAACAACAGUUCUACAAUGCAGUGGCAAAGCAUAACGCUACGGAUGCUGGCUUCACAUCUUGCAGGAGUGCCGGCAAAUGAUGGAUUCUCCGAGUAUUACUACUUGAAAGAUCUUUUCUUGUCACAUGGCUUCCCGCCUAUUGGUGACUCUGAUUACCCGCAGUGUGAAGUCAUCGGACUCAACAAUGCCUGCAGCAAACAAGGUAGAAGAAUUCGCCCAACGGUCUUUGGCGCACGUCCAAUUACAGUACCAAUGGAGCGACCUGCUUACUCGAACGCUGCCUUCAAUGUCUUGGCCAUGGCACUGGAGGCCGCAACGGGCAAAAACUAUACGCAGAUGGUAAAGGAAAUGUUCUCAACGAAUCUCGGUAUGAAGGACACUCUCCCUUCGCCUGGUUGUGAUAACAAAGCUGUCAUUCCCUCUGUGGAAAGCAACUGGGGUACAGAUUUCGGCUAUAGUGCUCCUUCAGGUGGUCUUGUUUCUACUACUUCGGAUCUAUCGAAAUUCACGCACAGACUUCUCGCCCGCUCUCUGGGUCUCAGUCCGACCCAAACCCGGCAAUGGCUCAAACCAGACGCAUUUGGCGGGAGCACAUCUACUGCAGUUGGCAUGCCGUGGGAGAUUUUCCGACCAGCUGACCUUGUUCCUAAACAUCCUCAUCCGAUUACAAUCUACGAUAAAAAUGGCGGUGCUCUGGGGUAUCGCAGUCAGAUAUCGGUGCUUGACGAAUACGGCAUCGCGCUCAUCGUUCUGUCGGCCGGCGCAAUGAACGCACAGCCGUUACUCACAGACGCCAUGCUUGCACAAUUUGUUCCCGCCAUAGACGAGGUAUCCAGAAAGCAGGCCGACCAUGACUACGCACGCAACUUUGGCAGAAACUGCAAUGGUGGAAAUAGCAGCGUUAUAGCCAACAUCACCUUCAAACAAGAUAUAGACUCACUCACCGUCUCUUCUUUUCACCUCAAUGGCUCAGACAUGCUCGCAUCGAUACCAGACAUGUGGAAUCUGACUAUGGGACAAUACUCUUCUCCCGUGGGGCCGAAAUUACGCCUCUUUCCUUCAGACAUGGUCAAGCAAACAAAAGUACAGCAUGAGACGUUGACGAGCGAAAUGUGGCUCCUAUGGCCCGAGUUGAUUGAUGGAGAACGCUCGGACCUACCUGGUGCUGGACUGGAACAUGCGAAUUGCAUGACUUGGGCCAUCGGAGAUUGGGUCCAUUAUGGAGGUCAGCCGAUCGAUAGGGUCCUGUUUUAUAGGGAUGAGAAUGGCAAGGUUGUUGGCUUUGAGGCGCCCUUCUUACGAACAGGCAUUUUGCGGCCUUGA